AUCACCACCAUUAUGUGUAAACACACAUAAUUAUAUAAAUAUAUAAAAUACACAUAAUGAGAUAUCUGUAAAUGGCAUGGCACUACUAGAAUCAGAUUAGCAAUACCGCACUUUGAGUGGAUAUCUAAAUGGCUAAUCUAAUGGAUACGCAUACGCGUGACAACAUCCCACCAACGUCCAAGACUACCUUGCACCCAACUCAUUUUCAUAUUCCUUGGACCUCUUUAUAUAAGUCACUCAAUCAGUGUGGUUCUAAUUAUCUCUUAUUAACACACUACUACUUGCUUAAUUAUCUUAAUAAUUAAUACACAUUACACAAACGGCCAUGAAAGCCAUUUUGCUCUUUCUACUAUUAUUUGUGCCCUUCAUUUUCUCACUGUUGAGAGAAACUAAAGCAGCUCAAGCUGGUGGGAGCAAUAACCAUGGACUUUAUAUCGUAUACAUGGGAGCCUCACCCUCAACCGACGGUUCCUUAAGAGAUGACCAUGCUAAACUUAUCAACUCUUUGUUCAGACGUAAAGCAAAUGCUUUAGUGCAUACCUAUAAGCACGGAUUCUCUGGUUUUGCGGCUCGUUUAUCAGAAGCAGAAGCAGAGUUAGUGGCUAAGAAACCCGGUGUGGUAUCGGUUUUUCCUGAUCCCAUGCUAAAGCUACACACAACUCAUUCAUGGGAUUUUCUCAAGUACCAAACAGCUCUUAAAAUCGACUCUUUUCCCAAUAAAAAUUCCAACACAUCUUCCUCAGCUUCUAAUGCUGCUGCUGCUUCAUCCAACGGUGGAGGAGACACCAUCAUUGGAAUACUGGAUACGGGUAUUUGGCCCGAAUCGAAAAGUUUCAGCGAUGAAGGAAUGGCUCCCAUUCCAACUGGAUGGAAAGGAAAGUGCAUGGCUGGUCGUAACUUCAACUCCUCCAAUUGUAACAAGAAGCUGAUCGGGGCAAGAUUUUACGACGACGAAGACGAUGAUACUCCGGAGGAGUACCAAACGGCAAGGGAUUUAGUUGGACACGGUACACACGUGGCAUCGACUGCAGCAGGGUGCACCGUCUCAGGUGCCUCCUACUACGGCCUAGCCACGGGGACAGCCAAGGGUGGAUCACCUAGUUCGAGAAUCGCAGUCUACAGGGUCUGCAGCCCACAAGGCUGCCUUGGCUCUACUAUAUUGAAGGCUUAUGACGACGCCAUUGAAGACGGGGUCGACGUGCUCUCCCUCUCGCUUGGUGCUUCUGCUGCAUAUCAACCUGACUUGUACACUGACCCUAUUGCUAUAGGGGCUUUCCAUGCUGUGGAGAAGGGGAUUACCGUAGUGUGCUCUGCUGGGAAUGAUGGACCCUCACCAUCAACGGUUACGAAUGCUGUGCCUUGGAUUUUGACCGUUGCAGCUACUACAAUUGACCGGGAUUUCGAAUCCAAUCUCUUGUUGGGUGGAAACAAAGUGAUUAAGGGAGAAGGCAUAAACUUCUCAGCUCUUAAAAAAACUCCUGAGUACCCAUUGAUAUACGCCAAGUCUGCCAAGAAAAGUGAGGGGGAUGACAAUAGAGCCAGUAAUUGCCAAGAUGAUUCAUUGGAAGCAACAACGAUUAAGGGGAAAAUCGUUGUCUGUGAGAGGAAAGAUGGCUAUUCAACCUAUGAGAAGAUUGAUACAGUGAAGAGUCUCGGAGGAAUAGGUGUUGUUGUCAUCGACGACGAAUCAAGGGCUGUCGCUGAUAAUUAUAAAGCUUUUCCAGCAACUGUCAUCAGUUCUAAAGAUGCUACCGAUAUCCUCUCCUACAUCAACUCAACCAAGAAUCCAGUUGCUACAAUUUUACCAACUGAGACGGUAACAGAGUAUAAACCAGCUCCUGCUGUGGCAUAUUUCUCAUCCAGAGGGCCUUCAUACAUUACCUCUAACAUGAUCAAGCCUGAUAUAGCAGCACCUGGUGUGAACAUUCUUGCGGCGUGGAUUGCUAACGACACAGAUGACACCCCUGCUGGCAAAGACCCUCCACUGUACAACGUUAUUUCAGGUACUUCCAUGUCGUGUCCACAUGUUUCUGGUGUAGCUGCUACAGUAAAGUCCCAGCACCCUGAUUGGAGUCCCUCCGCAAUCAAAUCUGCUAUCAUGACAACUGCGACUCAAUUGAACAAUCUGAAAGCUCCAAUAACAACAGACUCAGGUUCUGUGGCCACACCCUUUGAUUAUGGAGCAGGUGAAGUAACAACAGAAGGACCAUUACAGCCAGGGUUGGUUUAUGAAACCACUAUUGUUGAUUACCUCAACUUUCUAUGCUAUUUUGGGUAUAACGAAUCGAAGAUUAAACUCAUCUCGAAAACUAUGCCUAACAACUUUACUUGCCCUGAAGACUCAAGCUCUGAGAAGAUAUCAAAUAUCAACUAUCCCUCAAUAGCAAUCUCCAACUUCAAUGGGAGUGCAAGCAAGACAAUAAGCAGGGUCGUCAAAUAUGUUGGGGAUAAUGAAGCAGUUUUCACUGCUACCAUUGAAGCACCAAGUGGCUUAAACGUCACAGUGAAACCAGAUGAAUUGCGAUUUAAAGGCUACAAUCAGACAUUGACUUAUCAAGUGACUUUCACCUUUCAUGGGGUUAUGAAAAAGAAUUCAAUGGGGGUGAUUUCUUGGACAAAUGAAAUGUAUAAUGUUCGUUCCCCUUUUGUGCUACUCCCCUGAAACUAGAUUAGAAAACACACAGCGACAAAUCAUCGUAUGAUGAUUUCUCCACCAAGUCAAUUAUUGAAAUGUAGUAGUAACUCCGAUGCUUAACUUCCAUCUUAAAUAAAAAUUAGAAAGAUAAAAAAAAUAGACUUUUACCA